UUAAUUAUUUUCAGAUUUCAGUUUCAAACUCGUGAACAGCGGCGGAGAACAAAUGGAUAUGGUUAUAAAUCCAGGUCUGCUGCUUUACCAAGGGAGAAAAGUUUGCGACUAUUACCACACUUUUAACAUCAAGUCUGCUAAUGCUAUCUGCAAAGAGAUGGGCUAUGCUAGAGCUAUAGACUGGAAUGUGGGCCAUAUAUGGGAUGUGCAAUACGAGUUUGAAACGAAAAUAGGAAAAGUCCAAUGUGAGACUGAUGAGUGGUUCACAUGUAGUUACGAUAUUGUAGCAGAUUGUGGAUAUGAAAAUGACGUAUUUCUCGGUUGUGACAUAUUCCCAUCAUGUCCACCAGGCAAGUUCCGGUUUUACGAACAUUGUGAGUCUUGUCACCCUAACACCUACAAGGCAGUCGAAGGGAGCCAAACCUCCUGUACAGAUUGUCCUGAUGCAUCCACUUCAACUGCAGGUGCAGCAUAUUGCUCCUGUCAGAUAGGAAUGUAUUGGAAUGGAGUAGCAUGUAAGAAGUGCCCACAAGGCUCCGUCAGCCGUGAAGGAUCUAGAGAAUGCACAGAAUGUCCUUCUGACUCAAUUGCUUCAGACGAAGGUUCAUCCUGUAGUUGCGGAGCAGGGGAGAUAUGGAACUGGGAGGGAGAAGAUGGGUCGUGUAAGUUAUGUCCUUCAAACACCUUUAAAAACCAGUAUGUACAGACCUGUACCAACUGCCCAGACUUCACGACAUCUGUUGCAGGCUCCGAACACUGUUCUUGCAAGGCAGGUAUGUUCUGGAACAAGGCAAGCUGCAUAAUCUGCCCGGAAAUCUCUGCUAGCAAUAGAGGUGCUCUAAAGUGCACUGAAUGUCCAGCAGGCUCGUCUCCUGAAAACAAUAGUACCUCCUGCAGCUGCCCCGCUGGGACUGUGUGGAAAUGGGAUGAAGAAGGUGGUAGUUCCUGUAAACCAUGUCCAACAGGCACAUACAGGAACAACCAGAUGGAACAUUGUGAAAGUUGCCCCAAUCUAUCCUCCUCUAUAAUCGGGUCUGAGAGUUGCUCCUGCUUACCUGGAACGUACAUGGACCGUGAUGUGGGAUUGUGUAUGAUAUGCCCUCUAGGAACAACAUCCAGGACAGGGUCUGAGAUCUGCUCUUGUCCAGCCGGAAUGUUCUGGAACGAGAACAGGUGUUAUAACUGUGCCAAAAAUGAGGCUAGCCAAGCAGGUUCCCUCCAGUGUUUCCCAUGUCCCGGUGAUUAUACGACAUUAAACAACAGUACUUUUUGCAUAUGUCCAGCAGGCUUGGAGUGGACUUGGGAUGAUUACAAGUCUGGUUCAUGCAGGCUCUGUCCAUGGGGCUCUUAUAAAACUGAAGAAAUGGAGUCUUGCGAAGCUUGUCCAAAAGGAAAAUUUCCAGAAGUAGGUUCUGAGCAUUGUAUUUGUCCUGCAGGCAAAUUCUGGAACAAUACAAGCUGUCAAGAAUGUGGUGUGAGCUCUGCCAGCCAAGAAGGUGCUUUGCACUGUUCAUCGUGUCCGUUAGAAUCUGCUUCAUUAAACGAAGGGUCAGAGUGUACAUGUCCAGUAGGUAUGAAAUGGAGUUGGGAUGAGCAAUAUCUCGGUACUUGUAAGCCCUGUCCACCAGGAUUCUACAAGAGUAAGCAGAUGACAGCCUGCUCUACUUGUCCUCUGGGAACAACAUCUGCUGUGGGCACUGACCACUGUUCUUGUAAAGCAGGUAUGUUCUGGAACCAGACUCGAUGUGAGAACUGCGAAACGGGUUCUGUAAGUCAAGAAGGUGCAGUUCACUGUGAGGCUUGCCCCCCAGAUUCAAUCUCAAACACAGGAAAUAGGGUUUGUAACUGUCUAGGUGACGCAACAUGGAGUUGGGAUGAGCUUGGGGUGGGUUCUUGUAACCCUCUCUCAAACGGCAUCACGCAGAAUCUUCAACAGAACCUUCAGCAAACUCUACCAUUGGACCUGACUUCUGUUGAAAUACACGCUUCCAUCUCAGGUCUCCUGAUGGUACUCAAUGUUAUCCUAGCUACACUUCUCAUUCUAGAGAGGAGGAAAGCUAAGAGGUGUGAAGCCGAGGUUGCAUAUGAUGCUGUUGCUGGAAGAGUUCAAAUAAUUAAGGUUGAAGUGAACAAAGACCAGAAUAGUAAAAUACAACACCCAAAAGAAGAUCUGCCAGGAAAAGAAGCAUCUCUUGAUAUAGACGGUGAUGUUGCAAAUGAUACUGUUGCUGCAGGUGUUCAAAUAAUUGAGGUAGAAGUGAACGAUGACCAGAAUAGUACAAUACAACACCCAAAAGAAGAUCUGCCAGGAAAAGAAGCAUCUCUUGAUAUAGACGGUGAUGUUGCAAAUGAUACUGUUGCUGAAGGUGUUCAAAUAAUUGAGGUAAAAGUGAACGAUGACCAGAAUAGUACAAUACAACACCCAAAAGAAGAUUUGCAAGGAAAAGAGGCAUGCUGUGAUAAAUACUGUGAUGUCCAGGGCUCACACGAAACGGAGAACAUUUACGAAACAAUGGACAUAUAGUAACCAUGUUACUGGAAUACUUUGAUGCGAAUAUUUACUUUAUCCUUUCUACAAUUUAAGUUUGCUAUUUGAUUCUUUGACACUUUCCAUCACACGACGAU